UUUAAUGUCCUACAUUCCUCUCCAGGUCUCAGUCAUAAUUCUGUGCGCUGUCCUUGCAGAAUAUUAAUGUGUAACGAUGGUGUUGACGGUGCGUUGGACUCUGUCUAACAAUAUUAGACACCCGGAAGCUUGUCGGCUCGAAUAAAGCGACGUUUUUACGGAGGGACAUUUCUAUAAAAAAGAGAAAACAAUGAGGCCUAAUAGGAGAGAUGAGGAACAAGUGUCAAGCUGAGGAAUUCAACACACAGCAGGCAUGUCCUCACAAAUACAGGCGUUUUCCUCUCCCUCCGUGUCCUCCAGUGGCCUGUCCCGUUCCAAGAAACUGAAGUUGGAAAACCAUGCAUGGAACGUGAGCAGCCAAUCGGGUGAGAGCAGCUACCACCAGCACAGCCCUAACCAGCCGAAUGGCUCCUCCCCCUCCACAUCUGGAUUCAACCCCAAUUACAACUCCUCCAACCUGGUCUUACCUCCUUCUGGAGGCUCGCGGGAACAGACAGUGGUACGUGUCGCAGACAGCACCGGCAGCAUCCCAGAGCCUUCAUCCUCCUCCUCGUCAUCAUCCACAUCCAGUCAGCGUGGAAAAGAUACAGGCUCCACCUCUCUGACAUGUGAGGGCUAUCAGAAACAGGGCAGUCUGAAGCGGAAAAGUGAGGAGGUGGACAGCAGCGACAGCGUGCAGAUUUUGGAGGAGCUGUCGGCUCCUGUGCUCCCCAACCGUGUGGCCGGAGGUGGAGGCAAUGCCACGGCUCAUUCCACGGCUCAUUCCACAUCCACCACCAAGAGCAGCAACUCCCACAGUGAGGGCGACUACCAGCUGGUGCAGCACGAGAUCCUCUGCUCUGUCUCCAACAGCUACGAGGUGCUGGAGUUUCUCGGCCGGGGAACAUUUGGACAGGUCGCGAAAUGCUGGAAGCGUGGAACUAAUGAGAUUGUGGCCAUUAAGAUUCUCAAGAAUCAUCCGUCAUAUGCCCGCCAGGGUCAAAUAGAGGUGGGCAUCCUCAGCCGUCUGAGCACAGAGAAUGCAGACGAGUUCAACUUUGUGCGCUCUUACGAGUGCUUCCAGCACAAAAACCACACGUGUCUGGUGUUUGAGAUGCUGGAGCAGAACCUCUACGACUUCCUCAAGCACAGCAAGUUCAGCCCACUGCUCCUCAAAUGUAUCCGGCCGGUCCUGCAGCAGGUUGCCACGGCGUUGCUGAAGCUGAAGAGCUUGGGUCUCAUCCACGCUGAUCUGAAGCCUGAAAACAUCAUGCUGGUGGACCCCAUCAGACAACCCUACAGAGUCAAAGUCAUUGACUUCGGUUCAGCGAAUCACGUCUCGAAGGCGGUGUGCUCAACCUACCUGCAGUCUAGAUACUACCGAGCUCCUGAGAUCAUUCUGGGCCUUCCUUUCUGUGAGGCCAUUGACAUGUGGUCACUGGGUUGUGUCAUUGCUGAACUGUUUCUGGGCUGGCCUUUGUAUCCAGGAGCCUCAGAAUAUGAUCAGAUUCGGUACAUUUCCCAGACUCAAGGUUUGCCAGCUGAGUAUCUCCUAAGCGCUGGCACUAAAACCAGCCGUUUCUUCCACAGAGGCCCAGACUCCAGCUACCCUCUCUGGAGACUCAAGACUCCCGCAGAGCACGAGGCAGAGUUUGGGAUAAGGUCCAAAGAGGCUCGCAAAUACAUUUUCAACUGCCUUGAUGACAUGAUGCAGGUCAACAUGACUAACCUGGAGGGCACAGACAUCUUGGCGGAGAAGGCUGAUCGGAGGGAGUUCAUUGACCUGCUAAAGAAAAUGCUAACUCUAGACGCAGACAAGCGGAUCACGCCCACCAAGACCCUCAACCACCCAUUUGUGACAAUGGCUCAGCUGCUUCACUUCCCACACAGCUCACAUGUAAAGUCCUGCUUCCAAAACAUGGAGAUCUGCAAGCGCAGGUGUACGGCCUUCGACAACAACAAGAAACUUAAAUGAUUUUAGCAAAUGGCUUCAAUGUUGUUAAGAAUCUCCCUCUCUUUCCGUAACUGCCAGAUGGCCUCCACGGGGGGCCAGUCCCUGUCUCUUAGCAGCAACGUCCCUUUACUGAACUACCAGCCUGGUCUAUACCAGCAGGCCACUAUAAAUAUACCAGGCUUGGCUCAGCAGAGUGUGCCAUUGCAGGCUCGCCCUACUCAGCUGUGUGCCCAGACAGAGCCCUUCCAGCAAACCCUCAUUGUGUGCCCUCCUACCAUCCAGGGGCUGCAGACCUCCAAUAAACACGCUGGAUAUCCAGUGAGCAUGGAUAACUCUGUUCCCAUAGUGCCCCAGAACCAGUCCACCCAGCCUCUACACAUUCAGCCCAGCAUGCUCACACAGUUCCUCCACACAUCCCUCUAUCCCUUCCCCAACCAGAGCAGCAGCACGCCGCUGACAGUGGCCUCCCUGCCUCUUCCAGUGGCCUUGGGCUCUCGGCGUCUGGAGCAGAAUGCCACCAUGCUGCAGGGCUGGCCAGCAGGGACCCAGCAGAUCCUCAUUCCCUCUUCAUGGCAGCAGAUGUCAGGCAUGACCAUGCACAAUCCCAGCCAGCCUGUGCUUUCCAACUCACCCAUGGGCUCUCUGCUCUCGGACAACACCACACAGCAGAACAGUAGCUGGAGGGGUCGACAUGGAGGUCAGAGCGAUGGGACGCAGCAGGGCUCUGCGCAGGGGCGUAACGUGAGCACACAGCCCUCCCACACAGGGGCAGCCAGCAGUCGAACACAGCAGAGUGGAGCGAAGAGGUCAAAGGGUCGACAUGCCGAGAGCAAAGCCAGACCCACGUCGUCCCAGCAGCCGGCUCCUUCAGUAGUGCACAGCUGCGGUGAUGCGCCUCAGCCCAUCAUCAUCUCUGACACACCCAGCCCCGCCGUCAGCAUCAUCACCAUCCACAGCGACACUGAGGACGAGGACGACAGGAAGUUUCCUCCUGAAAGCUGUAGUGUGAACCAGCGUACAAACGUCAUCAGCUGUGUGACUCUGCAUGACUCCCAGGACUCUGACUCCUCCACCAGCACCCCUCUCAGCCCCAAAUGCCUUCCCAACUUCGUUGAGAACAACACACACUCCAAGUCUCUAGCCGUGGUCACGCCAUUGGUGAAAACACAGCUCUGGGAUGGAGCGUCAGGAGAGCAAAGUACUAAUAGUUCUGGGAAGUCAAAGAAAGGAACGGCCUCACAGUCCAGCGACCGGCAAAACAGAUCUCAGCCUCUCAACCUGAGCCAGACGCAGCAAUCAAUGAUGUCAUCCCACGAUCGUGCAGGGGGCGGAUCCCUGAGACGCCAGCCCACCUACCCCCCUACAGGCCCCUCCCACUCCUACAGGCUUCAUGAAGCGUCUCUUUUCGGCUCCGCCUCCAGUCUGUACGCAUACCCUGCAUCUGCAGCCCUGGCCUCGGUGUCGCAGGCCAUGGACCAGCUGCACAAUUCGGCCGGUUCCUCCUGCUCCUCUUCCUCUGGCCGGCACACGCGCACCACCGGGCCGUACUCGGCCUCUCUGAGCCUUCUGCAGAAGAACAGUGCCAUGGGCGUCAUGUGUCAGGCUUCAGCUCCGUACCAGCAACAGCAGCUGUCCACACCGUCCUACCAGCGGUCUGCGGCGUUUCCCCUCAGCCGGAGGAAACUCAACCAGUACCCGUACCUGUGAGGAGCAGCCGUCUGAACAUGUGCGUUGAUAUAUGGAAAACGCCAGGAUGGUGUCAUGGAUGUUCACGUGGAAAUGCCAUUUUAGCUUUGUAUAUUUUAUUUUAGUGUUUUAUGUUCUUUUAUGCAUUUCAGUGGAGCACUUCUUGCAUUUUCGAUUAUUUCAAAUCAUGUCAUAAACACAAAACAUUGGGCUGUUUCUUAAAAUAUCACCUGCAGAGAAGCCUCUGGAUGUCCAGAAGAAAAAAAAAACACCUUAAAACACAUCAAACUUUGUGUUUGACUAGGAAAAGAAACAUGGCUGUUCGGAAUAGCAUACUAUCAUACUACUUUUACGAUUUCUGCAGUAUACAGUAUGCAGAGCUAAGAUACUUGAUUUUUCCAAAGCGACUUACAAAUGAGAAAUACAACAAAGUGAUUCAUACUGAUAGUACAACAGAGCACAGUGUGUGGAAUUAUAUAUCCCACAAUGCAACACACUCGACUUAAAUUACUAGAUCAUUCAUUGUGGUGAAUGAGGCAACAAAUUUUUGUAUAUCUCUCUUGACUUGUUCGAUUGAACUGCCAAAAAUUAGGAUUUAUUUUAACACCGUAUUUUAGUUAAACACGUGAAACCACGUUUAUUAUUAUUUAUUAUUACUUGUUACUGCAAAA